UUAACAGAGUCGCGGCAUUCAGCAAAAAAGCAUCAAAUCUGGGGGCGCCUCUAUCUUUCUGAUUUCCGCCAUUAUUCUUAUUAUUGAGCUUCAACCGCUAAACCACUGAGACACGAUAAUCAAGUCUUCUUUGCCUUUUUCCUUUAAUAAAACAAAACAUCAACAUGUUCUACAGAGGAAAAUAUACUGAUGGUGCUGAUGGGCGUGAAAUGGGUGCGAAACGUCAGCGUAUAAUUGAUCAAGGCCCAUCGUUCUAUGGUACUUCUCCAGGUUCCAGCUUUAUGUACAAUGCUCCUCCUCCUCCUUACACAUAUGUUAGCCAACCUCCACCUUUCCCUGUAGUUCGACUUCGUGGUCUUCCCUUCGAUUGCACAGAGGCUGAUGUAGCUGAGUUCUUCCAUGGUCUGGACAUAGUUGAUGUCCUUUUUGUCCACAAGAACAGCAAGUUCACUGGUGAAGCUUUUUGCAUUUUGGGUUAUCCCCUUCAGGUUGAUUUUGCUGUUCAAAAGAAUAGGCAAAACAUGGGCAGGAGAUAUGUAGAGGUUUUCAGAAGCAAGAGACAGGAAUAUUAUAAGGCAAUAGCUAAUGAAGUGGCUGAUGCUCGUGGUGGUUCACCUCGUAGAAAUGUCCCAAGGGCCAAAUCUAGCGAUGAUGCAAAGGAUUCAGCUGAACAUACAGGAAUAUUGAGAUUGAGGGGAUUGCCAUUUUCUGCGGGAAAAGAUGAUAUAAUAGAGUUCUUUAAAGAUUUUGUGUUAUCAGAAGACGCAAUUCAUAUAAUAAUGAAUUCAGAGGGAAGGCCAAGUGGAGAAGCAUUUGUGGAGUUUGCCAAUGCAGAAGAUUCUAAAGCCGCAAUGGCCAAGGAUAGGAUGACACUUGGGAGUCGUUAUAUUGAGUUGUUCCCUUCAUCCCCUGAGGAGAUGGAUGAUGCAAUUUCAAGAGGACGGUGACUCUUCUGACAACAUCUUCAUUUUUAUUUGCUACUCUAAACCUGUUAUGAUUAUUUACCUUGUUGUUUUUCUUCCCAGCUGGGAUUUUUCCCUUACUAGUUUUCUUGAGUCGAUAGUAAGAUACCUUAUAAGUGUUAUGAUUUGAGAGGUGGUUGUUUUAUAUCACAUGUUAAAUACAAGAAGCUAAGAUCUUUAUUAGGCUUUUAUCUAAUCUUUGAUUGUGGCUUGACAAAUUGGUCACUAGGUUACAAGUCGAAUUUCCUCUGGACAUUUUAGGCCAAUUAGAUGAUAGUUUGCUUUGCUAUGCUAGGUAUAGCUUUAUCAUCAAUCUGUUAGGCAAAACAUGUGAAAUGUUGUGCCCUCAUAGGAUUCUUUUGAUUUUAUAUGGCAAAAGAGUGUAUGUCACAAGUUUGUAUCUCA